AAGGCACUAUUAUUAACUGAACCCUCAACUGACUCAAUUGUGUCAUCUUUUUUAUUUACUAUGGCUGGCUUCUAGAUACUAUUUUCAGUUCCCAAAGUAUCACAAAAGAAAGCGAUACGAAGAGGAUAUAUUUCCCCUACUUUUAAAAAUCAGUCAGUUUUGCUCUUAACAUUUUUAAAAUUGGCAAAUUACCAAAAAAUCACAAAAAAAUACUCCAUUGUGAAACAACGAUACCCGAACCGACAACAGCACAAUUCGUUAAAAUGUCAUCGACCACCACAUUGGCAACGACUACAACGACCGAAACAUAUGUUGAACCCGAAAAUGUUAACAAUGUACCAGUGAUCAAAGAAAGAUUAGCAAAAAUAGCUGUCACCGCUGGAAAGCCAUUCAAUAAUAUUGUGCCGUUGGACAUAUUCUACAUUACUGAAGAUGGUACAAAUUUGAAACUUGAACUAUUAGACAAAUAUGAAAAACCAUUGGAAGCAAAAUCAUGGAUUCAGUUUAAUGCUGAAACAAGAAACAUUUAUGGAUUGCCACUUGAAGAUGCUGUAUCCAAAUGGCAAUUUAAAUUACGUGCCACGAACAGUGCAAAUGAGAGUGUAUUUGAAUCACUGGAUAUUUCGGUGCAACAGCACAAAUCAUAUCGCAGCGUAAACCACGAAAUUAUUAUUGUUGCCAAUUUAUUGAAUGAAUUUGCAAGCAAUGUCGAUUGGGAAAUGCGUUUGAUUAAAGGAAUUGACGAUAUUUUGGGUGAUACACAAAGCGUUUUAGUUCGUGACAUUUGGUAUGACAUUCUAGAUCCAAAUCUUGUCACAUUCAUCUAUACAAAUGAAUCAUUGCCAAAAGACAUUUGCCCAGAAACACAAUUAAAUGAAAUCAUUGAACAUUUAACACCGAAUGCAUUGAACAAUGCUGUAUCACCGCAAAUCUCAAUUAAAUCAAUUGAAGUUAAAACAAUUGGCACAUGCUCAAAACCAGAAACGGUCAAACAAACCGCCCCACAUGUUAUAAAAAAUUAUCCGCCGAUUGUACGAAAUCAAGUUGAGCUUGUUAAUGCAACCAUAAAUCAAUUGCUCGUAUUCAAAGUACCGUCGGAUACAUUCUACGAUCCCGAAGAUGGCACCGACUUAAAACUGAGCUUGCUAACCUAUGAACGGAUUGAAUUGGAUCCAAAAUAUUGGUUGCAAUUCGAUUCGAAGACUAACGAAUUUUUCGGUGUACCGAAAUUUGGCGAUGCUGGCCAACGUGAACAUGUUUUGGUAGCCGAAGAUCGUGAAGGAUAACAAGCAACCGAUGCUCUGAUUGUUGUUGUCAGUCAACCAUCACAUCGUGAAUAUAGUACGGCAUUUGAAUUUACAUUGAAUAUACAAUACGAUGAAUUCAAUAAUUCGGCGGCACAGCGUCGUUUCAUCGAGCGCAUUGCACAAAUUUUCAACGAUACAACUACCUCAAACAUUCAAAUUAGUUCAAUUCGAAAAAUUCAAGAAACUGGAGCAACGCAUGUUACAUUUUUCAAUACCACAUUGCAUCGGCCGCAUAAUGUGUGUCCAAAUGAAGAAAUUGAUACGUUAAAUUAUAUUUUGGUGCACAAAGACAAUUCUAUUCGACAGCGUGUCAAAGAUAUAAUAGGAGAUGAAUUUGAUCUCGUUAAAAUAAACUUAGCAUCAAACGGACCAUGCCUUCCAACCGAUUCCAAAUAAAAUUUACGGCGGCCAGAAAAUGUAUAUCAACAUCAAGGAUAUCCCGAUAGCAUACGAGAAUAAACUUUAAAUAGAUUAUUAUUUGUAUCUUAUUUGUUUUAAAUGAUCUUGGUUUUUAAUGAGGGCAUUUAUUCUACUCAUAAAUGAAUUUUAGGAUAGGAUAUUAAUGACAAUUUAUUUGCAAUAUUUUUUUUAUUUUAAACUUCACUUCCGAUUUCGCAUGAUAGAUGGCGAUGGUGAUUGUGUUUUGAUAUUUUCUGACAUAUGACUUUUCACGUAACCUAUUUUAAAAGAAAAUCUUUAUACACAAUAAUAGCCUAUAUGUUGAACCGAAUUCGAAAUGGAAGCCAAAGAAUUAUCAGGAAUCAGUAUUCAUUGAAGCCGAUAGUUGAGCUUGUGAAUGCCAAUGCAUCACAGCCAUUCUCAUCGCUGUCAAAUA